AUGGCACAACGCGUGGUUCUGUUGCUCCUGUGGCUCUGUGACAGAUCGUUCGCAGGAUUUCCCAAUCAGAUAAAUAUCGGGGGACUGUUCAUGCGUUCCACGGUGCAGGAGCACAGCGCGUUCAGGUUCGCUGUCCAACUCUACAACACCAACCAAAACACCACGGAGAAGCCUUUCCACCUCAACUACAAUGUCGACAACCUCGAGUCGUCCAACAGCUUUUCGGUCACCCAUGCGUUCUGCUCCCAGUUCUCCCGCGGAGUGUACGCCAUCUUCGGAUUCUACGACAAGAAGUCCAUGAACACCUUGACCUCGUUCUGCGGCGCCCUGCACACCUCCUUUGUCACACCCAGUUACCCCACCGACAACGAGGUGCAGUUUGUCAUCCAGAUGCGCCCCGCCCUCCGCGGCGCUGUCCUCAGCCUGCUCUCUCACUACAAGUGGGAGAAGUUCGUCUACCUCUACGACACCGACCGAGGUUUCUCCAUACUGCAGGCCAUAAUGGAGGCAGCAGUAGCUAACAACUGGCAGGUGACCGCCCGCUCUGUAAGCGGCACAACAGAUGCAGCAGAGUUCAAGCGCAUCAUUGAGGAGAUGGACAGGAGGCAGGAGAAGCGCUUCGUGAUUGACUGCGAGGUGAACAGGAUCAACACCAUACUAGAACAGGUUGUGACCCUGGGGAAGAACAGCCGUGGUUACCACUACAUUCUGGCCAAUCUUGGAUUCACGAAUGUGAGCUUGGACAAAGUCUUCGCCGGUGGAGCCAACAUUUCAGGCUUUCAGAUCGUCAACCCUGAGAACCCGAUCGUGCAGCAGUUUAUGCAGCGCUGGGAGCGACUGGAUGAAAGAGAAUUCCCAGAAGCCCGAAACACUCCUCUGAAGUACACUUCAGCUCUGACCCAUGAUGCCAUCCUGGUGAUCGCAGAGGCCUUCAGGUACCUGCGGCGCCAGCGCGUGGACGUCUCUCGCCGGGGCAGCGCUGGAGACUGCCUGGCCAAUCCCGCUGUACCUUGGAGCCAAGGCAUCGACAUCGAGAGAGCUCUCAAAACGGUCCGAGUACACGGUAUGACUGGGAACAUCCAGUUCGACAACUAUGGCCGCAGGAUCAACUACACCAUCGAUGUUUAUGAGAUGAAAACCGGUGGGCUGCGGAAGAUUGGGUACUGGAACGAGUACGUGCGAUUUGUAAAUAUUAUGGACCCGCAGGUCUCCAACGACUCCUCAGUGGAAAACCGAACGAUUGUGGUCACUACUAUUAUGGAAGCUCCUUAUGUGAUGUACAAGAAAAAUUAUAUGCAUCUGGAUGGGAAUGACAGAUAUGAAGGCUACUGCGUCGAUUUAGCAUCUGAGAUUGCCAAACAUGUUGGAAUUAAGUACAAACUGUCUAUAGUAAUGGAUGGGAAGUACGGAGCCCGAGACCCCGAGACCAAGACGUGGAACGGGAUGGUGGGUGAACUGGUCUAUGGGAGAGCAGAUAUAGCUGUUGCACCUCUCACCAUUACUCUGGUUCGAGAGGAGAUGAUAGACUUUUCCAAGCCCUUUAUGAGCUUGGGCAUCUCCAUUAUGAUAAAGAAGCCACAAAAGUCCAAGCCGGGCGUUUUCUCCUUCCUGGACCCGCUGGCCUAUGAGAUCUGGAUGUGUAUUGUCUUUGCCUAUAUUGGGGUGAGCGUGGUCCUGUUCUUGGUCAGUCGGUUCAGUCCUUAUGAGUGGAAUCUCGAGGAACAGGACGAGACCAAAGACCCACAGACACCCCCCGAUCCCCCCAAUGACUUUGGCAUCUUCAAUUCCCUCUGGUUCUCACUGGGCGCCUUCAUGCAGCAGGGCUGUGACAUCUCCCCCAGGUCUCUGUCAGGCCGUAUUGUUGGUGGUGUGUGGUGGUUCUUCACCCUCAUCAUCAUCUCCUCCUACACGGCCAACCUGGCUGCCUUCUUGACAGUGGAGAGGAUGGUCUCUCCUAUCGAGAGUGCCGAAGAUUUAGCCAAGCAGACAGAAAUAGCAUAUGGCACUCUGGACUCAGGCUCCACAAAGGAGUUUUUUAGGCGAUCCAAAAUAGCAGUGUAUGAGAAGAUGUGGUCAUACAUGAAAUCCGCUGAGCCCUCAGUGUUUGUUAAGACCACACCCGAUGGCGUAGCCCGGGUACGAAAGUCAAAGGGAAAGUUCGCCUUUCUCCUCGAGUCCACCAUGAACGAGUACAUCGAGCAGCGGAAGCCCUGUGACACCAUGAAAGUGGGCGGGAACCUCGACUCGAAAGGAUACGGUGUGGCGACACCCAAAGGAUCAGCAUUAAGAAAUGCUGUUAACCUGGCAGUUUUAAAACUGAAUGAGCAAGGCCUCUUGGACAAAUUGAAAAACAAAUGGUGGUACGACAAGGGAGAGUGCGGCAGCGGGGGAGGUGACUCCAAGGACAAGACAAGUGCUCUCAGCCUAAGCAAUGUGGCUGGUGUCUUCUAUAUUCUGGUUGGAGGGCUGGGGCUGGCCAUGAUGGUGGCUCUGAUAGAGUUCUGUUAUAAAUCACGGCAAGAAACCAAACGGCUGAAAUUGGCCAAGAAUGCCCAGAAUUUUAAGCCGGCUCCCCCGACCAACACCCAGAACUUUGCCACAUACAGAGAAGGCUACAACGUGUACGGAACCGAGAGCGUUAAGAUCUAGAGGUUAAGGAAACAUUUCCAUGGUC